AUGCAUACAAAAGUGUGUGUGGAGACAUGGUGGCCUCAUGUUCCAUUCACUUUGCUUUCAAAGGACAAGAACAGUAACCACAUCUUGAGCUCAACUUAUCCUCAUACGAGAGAUUCACACGAGCAAUUUGAAGGAUUCAAGGACGAUGAAAAUUUGUACGAGGAGAUAAUAAGUACAAGUACAGGGGACUCACUGUUCAGGGUAAAGAGGAAUUCUGAGGUUCUUGGCUCUCUCACCCGGGACCGAGCUCCUCCUCCCAAGAACAGGCGGAGACCAAGCUUAAAGAAAAGACACGAAACAAGCGAGAUUUUCACAAACAGUGAAGAAGAAUUAGACAAGGACGUUAAGCAGAGACAAAGCAAAGCUUUCGUACAUCCUUUAGUUGAUGAGGCAAAGAGCAAAGAUGUCGUGUCAACAACACCGCCCAGAUCACCCAGAUCUGCAAGGUCGUCAAGGAUUCAGUCUCCAUCUGCAUCAACCAAGCAAGAUCAUGGUGAAAUAGAUGAAGUUGAUUCGUCGCCCUUGAGGUCCAGAAAAGAUCUCAUCACUCAACAGUACAAGAAAAAGCACCAUGGCGCACCUAUCGUGCCUCCGCUUGAGCUCUACAAACUGCAACAACACGAUGCAGCGGACGAAAUACAGCUGUCACCCAGGGAACGAUACGAAAGGUUCGGUACAGACGAAGCAUUAUUGUCCCCUCGUUCUCGGCCCCUUACUAUUGAUACCCGGACCACUGGUUAUGAGUGUCCCCCGUCCCCGCCGCACGAACAGAUUGAGCAUUCAUGGUUUGAAAGAAGGGUGGAAUCGUCUCCGAAGGGUGAGCAGACAGUCAAGCAACUCACUAAAACAAUCAGUCAACUAAAAAAGAAAAUCCGCGAUUUUGAAGACGCUUUCGAGGACGAACACGCGCGGCGACCGUCGCAAAGCGAAAAAGCACCUAUCAAAAAAUACGUGUCGGAACUGGGCCGCGCAAGAAAGCAGUUGAAAGAACUCAAAGAACGCGCGAAGUGCGAGGCGGAGCGUUUGAAUGAGACUGUGCCCCCCAUGAGCGGACAGGGUAUGAAAAGCAGUAGCAAUGAACCUCUGCUGACCACAACACCUGCAAGUAUUGAACACUCCCUAGAGAGCUUACUGAACAAGCUUGAGGAGAAGAGGGAGGAAGCUGGCAGGCCUGAGGAGGUGGAGCAAAUGGGCAGGGAACAGCUUCAGGACGAGAAGCUAGCGGUACAGAAGGCGCUGCUGCAGCAUGAGAGCUUGUUUGGUCGUCCGAACACUAAAAAAGACAAGGACCUUAUGAGGCCUUUGUACGACAGGUAUCGUACAAUCAAACGCAAACUUGCCGCACCUGUAACAGAAUCGCCCGUAAAGAUCGCUGGAGGGACACGCCCAAGAACUAGUUCAAUUGAUAGACUGGUGUCUGACCUGGCUCCUAUCCAUGAAGAUGCUCCCUUACACUCGCCAAGCGGCAGCGGUGGAUCCCCUGCCAGGUCACUAACCCAGUCGCUGCCCAUCACUGGAAGGGACUCGCCAAGGAGACGUAGCACAGGCAAUAUGUCCUACACAGACACUUUAGACGCAGAUGAUGAAGCUUUUGGUGACACAAUACAAGCCACCCUAAACCUUAGUGACUCCGCUCAACUGAGAGAGGACGCCAAAUUCCACGAGAUGUCCCGGGACGAGUUGAGUGAUCAGCUUGAAUUAAAGAGAAAAGAGAAAAAGAAAAUGAGAAAAAAACUCAAGAACUUUGAGGAUGACUUCUUAGAGCACACUGGCCGGCGAGUGCAGAGAGAAGAUAGAGGAGAAAUGGAAAGUGACUAUCACGAGUAUAAGCACAUCAAGCACCAGUUGAAGCUUAUAGAAGCUUUAUUGACGAAACGUCAAGUCACUAACACGAUGUAAACUGAACUCCAAGAUUCUUGCUUGUACAUAUUAUUUCCUUUACUUGUUGAGAAUUAAGACAUUAUUGUAUGUUGAAUUUUGUAUAGAGUUUUAAGAAAAAAUUAAAAGUUAUUAUUUUGUUUAACGAGAA